UAUGAAUCAUUAAUAAUCCACUCACUUGAUCUAAAAGUAUGCCAAGAAUCCAUGGCAUCAUGUUCAUUUUGGUAAUGAUAGUCCAAAGUAUAAAAUAAUAUAAAAAUAGAGUUGUGAAUGCAAUCAUAGAAAUUACAAAAGGCAGUAAAGCAAAAUAUGAACUGGAUAAAGACAGUGGACUAUUAAAAUUAGAUAGAGUCUUGUUUUCAGCUGUUCAUUAUCCUGCAAAUUAUGGAUUCAUCCCAUAAACCUAUUGUGAUGAUUAAGAUCCUUUAGAUAUUUUAGUGUUAUGUUCAGUUGAAAUAGAGCCAAUGUGUUUAGUCGAGGCUCGUGUUAUUGGUGUUAUGCAUAUGGUUGAUUAAGGAGAAAUCGAUGAUAAGAUAAUUGCAGUGGCCAAAAACGAUGCUGCAUAUUCAGGUGUCAAUGAUUUGAAAGAUAUUCCUUUCCAUACUACUUAAGAAAUUUAAAGAUUCUUUGAAGAUUACAAGAAACUUGAACACAAACACGUGGUUGUAGAAGAGUUUAAAGGAAAAGAAGAUGCAUACAGAAUUAUAGAAGAAAGUAUCAAGUUAUAUGAAGAGAAAUUCUUGAAGAAUUUAUGAU